GCUCGCCUUACGCGCCCCGUCCGUUUUCGGCUUCAGUCCGACCGCACGUAUUUCCGGCCAGGCCGGAAGCGGAGCAGCGAGAGUCGCUGGGCGUCUCCAGGCGGAAGUGGAGCAGCCGGGAAAAGGCUGAGGCGGUGAAAGAUGACAGACUUGCACAGUCUAGUGGACCGGCUGGAGAAGGCUGUAGGACGUUUGGAGAUGGUGUCCCAUGGCGCUGGCAUGCAUGGCGACUUCAAAGCAGGCUCUCCAAAUGGAGUAGUUGAGUAUGUGCAAGCUUUCGACUCUCUCUUGGCUGGUCCCGUGGCUGAAUACAUGAAGAUAAGCAGAGAAAUUGGCAGCGAUGUCCAGAAACACGCUGAGAUGGUCCACUCGGGAUUGAUGACAGAGCGAGCGCUCCUAGUGACGGCAUCUCAGUGCCAGCAACCAGCAGCCAACAACUUCUCUUCCCUGCUGAAGCCAAUCUCAGAUCAGAUCCAGGUGGUCCAGAGCUUCCGGGAGAAGAACCGGGGCAGCAAACUGUUCAAUCAUCUCUCGGCAGUUAGUGAGAGCAUCCCUGCGCUGGGCUGGGUCGCCAUGGCCCCCAAACCAGGCCCUUAUGUAAAGGAGAUGACAGAUGCAGCCAUGUUUUAUAGCAAUCGUGUGCUCAAGGAAUACAAGGAUGUAGAUAAGAAGCAUGUAGACUGGGUGAAGGCUUAUCUGAGCAUCUGGACAGAGCUGCAGGCGUACAUUAAGGAGCAUCACACCACCGGGCUGACCUGGAGCAAAACGGGACCUAUAGCAACUGAUGGGGGACCUGCAGCUCCUCCGCCGCCUCCUCGUGGUGGCCCACCACCACCACCACCACCUGGGCCUCCUCCUCCUCCGGCUCCUAACUCUGCGAAUUCUAGCUCAGAUGAAUCCCGCUCCGCGCUUUUUGCCCAGAUCAACCAGGGAGAAGCCAUCACUUCUGGCUUGAAGCAUGUGUCUGAUGACAUGAAGACUCACAAGAACCCAGGGUUGAAGAGCCAAGGUGGCACAGUGCGGACAGGACCAAAACCCUUCGCGGCUCCAAAGCCCACCUGUAGUUUCAAUCCCUCUCACAAACAGCCGCUAAGGAAGGACCCUCCUGUCCUGGAGCUGGAAGGCAAGAAAUGGAGAGUGGAAAACCAAGAGGGUGCCUCCAACUUGGUAAUCAGCGACACUGAACUGAAGCAGGUGGCCUAUGUCUACAAGUGUGUGAACAGUACACUCCACAUCAAAGGCAAGAUCAACUCCAUCACACUUGAUAACUGCAAGAAGAUGGGACUGGUGUUUGAUGAUGUUGUGGGCAUUGUUGAGAUUAUAAACAGCCGGGACGUCCAAGUACAGGUAUUGGGUAAAGUGCCAACCAUAUCCAUCAACAAAACAGACGGGUGUCACGUGUACCUGAGCAAGAACUCAUUAGCCUGCGAGAUUGUCAGUGCCAAGUCUUCAGAGAUGAAUGUUCUCAUUCCCACGGACAGUGGCGACUUUAACGAGUUCCCGAUCCCGGAGCAAUUCAAAACGCUGUGGAACGGGCAGAAACUAGUCACUACGGUGACGGAAAUAGCUGGAUAAGCUGACCAGGCACCUGACAUCCUCCCCUCACCCCACCAUCAUUGUGGGACAAAUCUGCUUUGGGGGGAUACUUUUUUUUUAGAUUUCCUAUACUACCUUCUACCCCUCCUUCCCCCCGCUUUCAACCUGGUUCUGUCCUACCUGAGAGAUGUCUACCUGCCUUCACUAAAAAUUACCUCAGACUGGGAUUUGGGGUAGGGUGGUGGCAGGACUGUUUGCUUCUGGUAGUUGAUCAGUGGGGGAAGCUGCGACAUUUCCCCGCUGCCCUCCCCCUGUCAGACCAAACUGCGUCACCAAUCAAUCUUGAUUUGUCUGAUCUUUCUUUUUUGUUUUUUUUCAUUGCCUUGGGAGCCAGUAUCAGUGGUUGGCUUUCAGAGACCCUUUCAUUUAAGAGAGAUUUGAUUUUCCCUCUUAGAAUAAAUAUAUCAGGGUAUAGGGUCCCCGGUGAUAUGUGCAGUUAAAAGUGUAUCUGGCAGGUGUGUUUUGCAAACAAGGUAGCAGACUAAAUUUUACAAUUCUAUUCUAAUUAGGGGUGUUCAAGAUUCCGGGAAUGGCUUUGCUGGACCAAAGGCUGAAAAAUGAGAUGUAUAGAUAGCAUUCCUUUCUCCCUAUUUUUUUCUUCCUAUGUGCUCAGUGUGAAAAAAAAAUCUGUGUUGUGCCAUGAUGUUUGGGGAGACCUCUUGGUUAUCAGUGCCACAAGACCACAUUGGAACAGACACCCCCCCCACCCCCCCGGUAUCUGGCUAGCAGCUAGAAAGCUUCCGCUAGCCUUCUUCCAUUCAAGACCCCUUGUAAAAGUUGUGCCCAAAGGGUCCCUCUUCUGAGCACCUGGACAUUCUGAUCUGUUCAGUCUGCCAGGACUUUUUUUUUUCAACAACUGCCUCUCUCUUGCACCUAGAGAGGCUUGAUUGUUCAUUCCCAGUCCACUGUUUCAUUAUUUGUAAGCACAAGUUCAUUGCAAUCAGUUGUGUAGUUAGUUCAAAUUGAGUUAUGCUGUAGAAGCUAGAAGACUUGUCCCCCCCAAGUUAUCUGCUUCCUUUUUUGCUUGACUCCUUUCUGCAGAAAGUUUGCGUGUUAGCAGGGGCACCACAGCAGAUGCGCUAAAGCGCCAAAGGCAUGGUACUGUAUUGACCACAAAAGGGAGCUAGUUGCCUCUGCUCUUGACUACUGGUAUCUUGGAUAGCAUAUCUUAUUUCCUCUCCUGCCACAUUUAUUAAGUUCACUUUUUUUUUCACUGAAAUGGAACUUACCAAAAGAUAUGCAAUCUUUUCUUAUUUUGAGACUGUCCUGUGACUUGUAUUUCUCUCUUGAGGCUUGUGAAAAUAAAAAAAAAGAAAACUUUCUUAUGUACUUAAAAAUUAUACUGAAAAUAGAAUAAAAUUAAUGCCAAGUUGCUCAUUAAAA